AUGCAAGUGCCGGUUCUCGGCUGCACUUUCCUCAUGCUGUCAGAUCGUGAGGAAAGUACUGCCGAGAACCGGCAGUUGUCAGAGCGGGGAUCGGCACCGAUCAUCAGGGCACUGAUGAUCAGUGCCCUGAUGAUCGGUGCCCAGCAGUACCACCCGCAAGUUCCGCCCACCUGUGCCCAGCAAUCACCCACCUGUGCCCAGCAGAUCACCCACCUGUGCUCAGCAGUGCACCCACCUGUGCCACUCUGCAGUGUCACACACCUGUGCCCAGAAGUGCCACCUACCUGUGCCCAGCAGUGCCACCCACCUGUGCCCACCCACCUGUGCCCACCAGUG